UCUAAAUAGUAAUAAGUUCGCGAUAAAAAAAUUUGUGAUGCCAUCGAUUUGAUUUAUAUCAUUUUACAGCAUACAACAUACAGUAAUUAAUAUUUAAUAGCAUUUAAUAACAUAUAUAGGUAAUGGAUGAAUUUGAUAGAGAAUUAGAUAAUGAGUUGGAAUUCAGUCAUAAAUCUUCAAAGAAUAUAAAAGUUCAUUCGAGGUUUGAAAGUAUGAAACUUAAACCUCAACUUUUAAAGGGUAUUUAUGGGUAUGGAUUUGAAGCUCCAUCAGCUAUUCAAUCUCGAGCUAUUAUGCAAAUUAUAAGUGGUAAAGAUACUAUAGCUCAAGCACAAUCAGGUACUGGUAAAACAGCAACUUUUUCUAUUGGAAUAUUAGAAGUUAUAGAUACAAAAUUAAAAGAUUGUCAAGCACUUAUACUAUCCCCCACAAGAGAAUUAGCAGUACAAAUUCAAAAUGUUGUUAAACAUUUAGGAGAUUAUAUGAAUGUACAAACUCAUGCAUGUAUAGGAGGUAAACAUGUAGGAGAUGAUAUAAAAAAAUUACAACAAGGACAACAAAUAGUUAGUGGUACACCUGGUAGAGUAGUAGAUGUUAUUAAAAGAAGAAAUUUAUCAACUAGAAAUGUUAAAUUAUUAGUAUUAGAUGAAGCUGAUGAAUUAUUUACAAAGGGAUUUAAAGAACAAAUUUAUGAAGUAUAUAAAAGUUUACCAUCAGGAGUUCAAGUAGUUGUAGUAAGUGCAACAUUAUCAAAAGAAGUUUUAGAAAUGACCAAUAAAUUUACUACUGAUCCGGUAAAAAUUUUAGUUAAAAGAGAUGAAGUAUCAUUACAAGGUAUAAAACAAUAUCAUAUCCAAUGUGAAAAGGAAGAUUGGAAAUUCGAUACUUUAUGUGAUUUAUAUGAUUCAUUAACUAUUACUCAAGCAGUAAUAUUUUGUAAUACAAAAGUUAAAGUAAAUUGGUUAUCAGAUCAAAUGAAGAAACAAAAUUUUACGGUAGUUGCUAUGCAUGGAGAUAUGAAACAAGAUGAAAGAGAUUCUAUUAUGAAUGAUUUUAGAAAUGGUAAUUCAAGAGUAUUAAUAUCUACUGAUGUAUGGGCUAGAGGAAUUGAUGUUCAACAAGUAUCAUUAGUUAUAAAUUAUGAUUUACCUUUAGAUAAAGAGAAUUAUAUUCAUAGAAUAGGUCGUUCAGGAAGAUUUGGUAGAAAAGGUGUAGCUAUAAAUUUAGUUACUAAAGAUGAUCGAAUGGCUUUACGUGAUAUUGAGAAAUAUUACUCUAUUAAGAUUAAAGAAAUGCCUGUUAAUAUAGCAGAUAUAAUGUAAUAUAAUUUGUAUAUAAAUAUAAUAUAAUUUGUAUAUAUAAAUAUAGAGAGAGAGGGAGAAAGAAAUAAUUUCGUAUACUUCGUGGUACCCAAUUAGGCAAUCAUGGUCACGUGUUACCAUCUCAAAAUUUUUUUUAGAGUAGAUUUUUUUUUCAGACUUUCUGAUUCGGUUAACUAUAGCAAAGUCAUCUUACAA